GCCUGCCCGCCCGCCUGCGCGCCGUGCGGGCCGGCCUGCGCCCAGGGAGCGCGGAGGGCACCGGAGCAUGGCGCGGCCGGCGGCCGGGCGGCAGCUGCGCCCGGGGCCGGGGCCGCCGCCGCGGCUGCUGCUGCUGCUGGGCGUCCUCCUGCUGCGCGGCGGAGCGGCGGCGGCGGGGGCCGAGCCGUGCCAGGCGCCGCGGCAGUGGGAAGGGCGCACCGUGUUCUACGAGCACGGCUCGGGCCGCAACACGCGGGCCGCCGUCUCCUACGACGGCCCCAACCAGCGCCUCCGCAUCCUGGAGGAGAGGAAGGCGCUCAUCCCCUGCAAGAAGUUCUUUGAGUAUAUAUUACUCUACAAAGAUGCAGUGAUGUUUCAGAUUGAACAAGUUACGAAGCUUUGCUCGAAGAUAGCUCUGACAGAGCCAUGGGAUCCAUACGAUAUUCCUGCCAAUUCAACUUAUGAAGAUCAGUACUACAUUGGGGGACCUGGAGAUGAAGUUAUGGUACAGGAAUGGUCUGACAGAAAACCAGCCAGGAAAUUGGAAUCGUGGGUCGGCGUUUACACCGUCAAAGACUGUUACCCAGUACAGGAGACCUACACCAGGAACUACAGCGUGACAACCUCCACCCGCUUCUUCGACAUCCACCCGGGCAUCACAGACCCCUCCGUGUUCACCCCACCCAGCACCUGCCAGGCAGCCCAGCUGAUCAGGAUGAGAGAUGAGUGCUGAUCGUGGACACUGGCUGCCCUGGGCAAGCACAUAUUGGCCAAGAGGAUGGUUAUUAGUAGUCAGCUGUUGACAUCUGGUUUUUCAAGCUAAAUGUUGCUCUUUUAGGAAUUUGUAAGUUUUCACUUGAGAGCGAAUAUAAGCGUACAAUUGAGUAAAAUAUAUAAAACAAAAUACAUCUUUUGAUCACAUUAAUCUGCUCAGUGAUGCAUUUUCAGUAUUGUAUAGUUACCAUUAAGACAAUAUUUCUAAAUACUAUCUAUUUAAGGUUGAUUUUCCUUUUGCAAAGGUUUCAUUAUUUAUUUUUUCAAGAAGACAAAGCAUAAGCAGACAGCAGCAAUGGUACUGUCUAGAAGAAAAAGCUAAAUUUUGUUGUAGUUGUUGUUACUUCUGGAGACUUGAAGGGAAAGAUGACCUAAAACCUCAUCCCUAAGUGAAAAAUACAAUUUUAAACUAUCUGCAUCAAAAUUGUGUAAAUUUAUUAUUUUGGUUUUAUUUUGCUUUGUGUUCUGUUUUUUUUUCUUUCUUUUUCUUUCUGCUCUUCAGAAAGCUGGUAGUCAAUUUUUGAGCUAAGUUCUGUUCUUUCUGAAAAGAAACUGGUGUAGCUUUAUUCAUGUAAUGCUUGCUGGCAUGCAAAAAAUACUUUUCUGUUUCUUGGGAGAAUGGUGUGAAAGGAGGGGAAGGAGAGAGAGGUGCACCUUCAGAAAGAAGUAAGCCGAAGUUUUUAUGCGUCAUCCUUUUGGAGAGGGCUUCCAGUGGGAUGUGAUGAAGACAAUUUUCAGUCACAUUUUACUUAGCACUCGCUUUUCAAGGCAAUACUAGUUUUAACCUAUGCAAAGGGAUUAAAUGGUACUGCACUCUAAAUGGCUUUAAUGUUUUGUAACUACUUCCAACAGUCUUUACUCAGGGUGUGGAAACACCUUAAUAAUUCCAGGGAGAUUUGAAAACAGAAAAGCUGUUCUUGGUGCAUAGUUAGUAACGGCUGACUCAGCAUUCACACUGUGCCUGGUGGUCGGGAUGGAGAAAAAGACAGAGCCUGUUAUCUGUGAGGAGAGGCAGGAGAGAGGAAUGGGAGGCACAGGUUUUAGGUGUCCUCUGUGCGGUAUGGCAGCGAGGCACUGCGGCCUAAGCAGACAUGACAAUCUUGCCUUCUUUUUCACCCACUCCAUUGAUGCCUGUUUUAUUUGCUCUUUCAUCAGCACCUCAAAUCUUAUUAUCUCCACAUAACCAAAAAAGCACAGGGAGUGCACAUAUUUUGCAUUAGAAAAUUCCAAACCUUCAAAACCAAACCUUCAUGCACCUUUGAGGCUCUCAGAAGUGUGAUGGGUUUUGCACUUUUUCCAAAUGAGAUUAAUUGGUUUAUUCUGUAAGAUAUGCAUUUUAUUUAGUACUUGCAGAUAAAUUUAAAGACAGAUUCUUGUCCUCUUACACAUGUUGGGUAGUUGUUUGCUCCAGAAGUCAUCUGCUGCAAAUGAAUGUAAACACUGGGAAGUUUGGUGUCUCCAGAGGAGAGAUGCUGGGCAGGCUUUUAGUGCUUUAUAUACUCAUAGCUUUUUGUACGUAAGCAAGAGGGACAGUGGUUGUUUUUCUUUCACAGUUGUGGUCAGAAUGGCAUUUUACUUUGCCUCAUGCCUAAUGAAAGCACGUAUACAUACUGGUUAAAAUUCAGCUAGUUCAUUAAAAAUUUCUCUUGCAGAGGGCCAUUUCACUGAAACACUCUAGUAGAAAAAAGGAUUGGGUUUCCUUGAAUUUAGAGUGCAUUUAUUCUGUACUCGCCUUCUGUAUCUUUUGUGUGACACUCUAAAUGCUAACUGCAUAUUGUUCUCAUCAGGACAAUGAUUAACAUGCAUUUCUUAAUAUGUGUCUUGUUCAAAUCUGGAAAAUAUAAUAAAUCUGGCUGGCAAGCAUGAA